AGGCAGAAACAGCCAUUGCAGCCCCCCACUUCAGACGGAGGAAGGAGGAGGCUGAUUUACAAGGCAGAUGGACCAGACCCCUGCCUGAAGCUCCUUCCUGCAGCCAGCCACUGCCACCCCGUAGGCUAUAAGAACACCCCAACUUCCGGACCAGUGCUGGGCGGGUGCCAUGUGAGCUCAGUCUAGCUUCCCCUCCUGUUAACCCUCCUUCCUUCUCUCCUCCUGUCUGCUGGUAUUUGCCCAGCCUCCCCAAAGAGGGCCACUUGACAUCAUGUCUCUGCUCAACCCUGUCCUGUCGCCCCCUGAUGUGAAGGCAUAUCUGAGCCAAGGGGAGCGCUUCAUCAAAUGGGAUGAUGAAACUUCAAUUGCUUCUCCAGUCAUCCUCCGUGUGGAUCCCAAGGGUUAUUACUUGUACUGGACAUAUCAGAGUAAGGAGAUGGAGUUUCUGGAUAUCACGAGCAUCCGAGAUACUCGCUUUGGCAAGUUUGCCAAGAUGCCCAAGAGCCAGAAACUCCGGGAGGUCUUCAACAUGGACUUUCCAGAUAACCACUUCCUGAUGAAAGCCCUCACCGUGGUGUCCGGCCCUGACAUGGUGGACCUCACCUUCCACAACUUCGUCUCUUACAAGGAGAACGUGGGCAAGGACUGGGCUGAGGAUGUACUGGCUCUCACUAAACACCCGAUGACAGCCAACGCUCCACGAAGUACUUUCCUAGACAAGAUCCUGGUGAAGCUUAAAAUGCAGCUCAAUCCCGAAGGGAAGAUUCCAGUGAAAAAUUUUUUCCAGAUGUUUCCUGCUGAUCGAAAACGAGUAGAAGCUGCCCUCAGUGCUUGUCACCUCCCAAAAGGCAAGAAUGAUGCCAUCAACCCUGAGGAUUUCCCAGAGUCCGUAUAUAAGAGCUUCCUCAUGAGUCUCUGUCCUCGGCCAGAAAUCGAUGAGAUCUUCACUUCCUACCACGCUAAAGCUAAACCCUACAUGACCAAGGAGCAUCUGACCAAAUUCAUCAAUCAGAAGCAGCGAGACUCUCGACUCAACUCCUUGCUGUUCCCACCAGCCCGGCCUGAGCAGGUGCAGGCCCUCAUCGACAAGUAUGAGCCCAGCGGCAUCAAUGUGCAGAGGGGACAGCUGUCACCAGAGGGCAUGGUCUGGUUUCUCUGUGGGCCAGAGAACAGUGUGCUGGCCCACAAUGCACUGCUGCUCCACCAUGACAUGACACAGCCUCUGAAUCACUACUUCAUCAACUCAUCACACAACACCUACCUGACAGCUGGCCAGUUUUCAGGCCUUUCCUCGGCUGAGAUGUACCGCCAGGUGCUGCUGUCUGGCUGCCGGUGUGUAGAACUGGACUGUUGGAAGGGGAAGCCCCCCGAUGAGGAGCCCAUUAUCACCCAUGGCUUCACCAUGACCACAGAUAUCUUGUUCAAGGAAGCAAUCGAAGCCAUUGCAGAGAGUGCCUUUAAGACCUCCCCCUAUCCUGUCAUCUUGUCCUUUGAAAACCAUGUGGACUCACCCCGCCAACAGGCUAAGAUGGCCGAGUACUGCAGGACCAUGUUUGGAGACACCCUGCUCACAGAUCCCCUGGAAAAAUUUCCUCUGAAACCUGGCAUCCCCCUGCCCAGCCCUGAGGACCUCCGGGGCAAGAUCCUCAUUAAGAAUAAGAAGAACCAGUUUUCUGGGCCAGCAUCCCCUGGCUGCCCUGGCGGACAGAAGCCCGGUGGGGAGGCUGAGGGCAGCUGCCCCUCUAGUGUCCCCAUAGAGGACGACACAGUGUGGACUGGUGCGGACCGGACUGAGAUGGAGGAGGAGGUGGUGGAUGAAGAGGAAGAGGAGGAGUCAGGAAGCCUGGAUGAAGAAGAGAUAAAGAAGAUGCAGUCGGAUGAGGGCACAGCAGGCUUGGAGGUGACGGCUUAUGAGGAAAUGUCCAGCCUUGUCAAUUAUAUCCAGCCCGCCAAGUUUAUCUCCUUCGAGUUCUCCGCACAGAAGAACAGAAGUUAUGUCAUCUCUUCCUUCACGGAGCUCAAGGCCAAUGAGCUGCUCUCCAAGGCCUCGAUGCAGUUUGUGGACUACAAUAAACGCCAGAUGAGCCGAGUGUACCCCAAGGGCACACGCAUGGAUUCUUCUAACUACAUGCCCCAGAUGUUCUGGAAUGCUGGAUGCCAGAUGGUUGCCCUUAAUUUCCAGACAAUGGACUUGCCAAUGCAGCAGAACAUGGCAUUGUUUGAGUUCAACGGGCAGAGUGGAUACCUCCUAAAACAUGAGUUCAUGCGCAGGCUGGACAAGCAGUUCAACCCCUUUUCCGUGGACCGCAUUGAUGUGGUGGUAGCCACCACCCUUUCCGUUACGGUAAUCUCUGGGCAGUUCCUGUCAGAGCGCAGUGUUCGCACCUAUGUGGAAGUGGAAAUGUUUGGCCUCCCAGGGGACCCCAAGAGGCGCUAUCGUACCAAGCUGUCACCUACUACUAACUCAAUCAAUCCUGUCUGGAAAGAGGAACCCUUUGUCUUUGAGAAGAUCUUGAUGCCUGAGCUGGCUUCCCUCAGGAUAGCUGUGAUGGAAGAAGGCAGCAAAUUUCUUGGACAGCGAAUCAUCCCCAUCAAUGCCUUACACUCUGGCUACCACCACUUGUGCCUGCGCAGUGAGAGCAACAUGCCUCUUACCAUGCCUGCCCUCUUUGUCUUCCUGGAGAUGAAGGACUAUGUACCUGACACGUGGGCAGAUCUUACUGUGGCUCUUGCUAACCCCAUCAAGUACUUCAGUGCCCAUGACAAGAAGUCUAUGAAGUUCAAGGAGGCAACAGGAAGCCUGCCUGAGAAGCCCUUCCAGUCGGGGAUUCCUGUUGCCGGCCAGUCCAAUGGGGCAUCAGUGUCAGCAGGCAAUGGGUCAACAGCACCUGGGGCCAAGGCCAAGGAGGAAGCUCCGAAAGAAGUGGCAGAACCACAGACUGCCAGCUUGGAAGAGCUGCAGGAGCUGAAGGGUGUGGUGAAGUUGCAGCGGAGACAUGAGAAGGAGCUUCGAGAGCUGGAGCGGCGUGGAGCAAGGCGCUGGGAGGAGCUGCUGCAGCGUGGCAUGACACAGCUGGCAGAACUUGGGGCUCCAGCAGCUGGCUGUAAGCUCCGCCCGGGGAAGGGCUCCCGCAAGAAGAGGACCCUGCCCUGUGAGGAGGCUGCGGUGGUGGCGCCUAGCGAGCUUCCACAGGGUGCAGACCCACGCGUGUGGGAGCUGAAGGACAGGUUGGAGCAGGAGCUGCAACAGCAGGGCGAGGAGCAGUACCGCUCUAUCCUCAAGUGCAAGGAACAGCAUGUGACCGAGCAAAUUGCCAAGAUGAUGGAGCUGGCCAGAGAGAAACAGGCUGCUGAACUCAAAACCUUCAAGGAGACCUCAGAAAUUGACACCAAAGAGAUAAAGAAAAAACUGGAGGCAAAGAGGCUGGAACGGAUCCAGGCCAUGACCAAAGUCACCACAGACAAGGUGGCCCAGGAGAGGCUCAAGAGAGAGAUUAACAACUCCCACAUCCAGGAAGUGGUACAGGCUGUCAAGCAGAUGACAGAGACCCUGGAGCGGCACCAGGAGAAACUGGAAGGGAAGCAGACAGCCUGCCUGGAGCAGAUCCGGGAGUUGGAAAAGCAGUUCCAGGAGAAGGCACUGGCAGAGUUUGAGGCCAGGAUGAAGGGCCUGGAGAGUGAAGUAAAGGAAUCAGUGAGGGCCUGCUUCAAGGCCUGCUUCCCCUCUGAAACAGAGGACAAGCCUGAGAGGGCCUGUGAGGCCUCCAAGGAGUUGUGUCCACAAGAACUACCCAUGGACAAAGCAGACACCCAGGAGAGCCGUCUCUGAUGCCACCAUCUAACUCAGACAUUUUAGCAAGGAGAUUCACACUCUUCUCUGGAACAUGGUCCCAUUCCCUAGAAGAAAAGAACCCUAAUAACAGAGACCGUGGGAGCCUGUGGCUUCCUUGGAUACUGCAGCCCCUUCUCAUCCUGAUAAAGGCAAGAAGAAGAGACCAUCAGGACAAGAGCCCACUUCGAACCCAAGUCUUUCUCUAAGCUGGCUUCUGCCCACCCUUCCUAUAGUGCCAGGUAGUCUUUGACGGCAAAGGAGUAUGGACCAAGAGAGAAGAAACUGGGUUCUGGUCUCCUCUCUGCCUUUCUUAGUGUGCAACUAAUAGCCCUCCACUUGGAGCCCAUUUUCCUUUCCUGGAGACUUGGCUUUUCACCCAAAAACCUUUACUCUUGUGCAUCUGGCUCCAGCAGAGCUAGAUCCAAGCCCUCCUUGAUGUGGCGGGCACCCUACACAGGCUUCCAGGCCACACCUCAGGCCUGCCUUGAGCAUAGAGUGUUGCUAACACCCCUGCACUGCCUCAAAGCUCUCUGGGGAUGGCUACCUCCAGAAUGGCAGCGAAAGCCUCACCUCCUGCCUAUGGGGCCAGGUGGCUGCAUGGAGAAGUUUGCUCAGCUGCUCAAACACUGGAGUGUGGAGGGAGACUGCAGCUUCUCAGGUGCUCUCUCUCCCUGCUCUGAACUUGGUUCACCCUUUUCUGAGUCUCAGUCUGGCACUUCCUAUCUGGGACCCCAGCCCUAUCAGACGGGUUGCUUGCGGGAGUUCACCAUCAUUUUCUUUCCUGGAUGUAUGUGGUUUAUUUAUUUUUCUCCUUCUUAUGCCUAUCAAAGAACCCUAACCUGGAA